GGCUCAUCAUAGGCCAGGCAGCCACUUCUCUGUUGCUAUCGGAAUAUUGAAUCUUCGUGUCACUAUUCUUCUCCGUGAUGCUGCAGACUGUGGUUUGCUGUGUGCAUGCAUGCACAGGAGUCAGAAAAGAGAAUGACAGAGGAAAAGGAGAGGACGCCGAUACUGUCUGAGGAACAGUUAGAUUUGACUCCGGAUCCGGAGAAGAUGCCAAGAGGGGAGAGUUAGACCCGGUGACUUGGAUUAGGACACAACGCUUGGGGCCGGAACCUGGGAGCAAAGGGCUCGAGUUUCCCCGUGGAAACUUCAGCAAUCGGAACUACAAUACCUCCAGGGAUCUCAACAACAAGCACCUGUCAAGUGAAAUGCCCGCUUCGCCCGACUUCCGGGGCGGAACCGGAAGUUCCCGCCCGCCCAAUAGAAAGGCGGUUGGGGACGGACUCUCGCGAGAGUUCGGCCACCCGGCCUUCAGGGAGCCGGCCAUGGAGGGCGAGCAGGAGCCGCUGCUGGGUUCGCGGCGUUCGGCGGCAGCGGCCGGGGCGUUUGCGGGGCGGCGCGCGGCGUGCGGGGCAGUGCUGUUGGCCGAGCUGCUGGAGCGCGCGGCCUUCUACGGCGUCACGGCCAACCUGGUGCUGUUCCUGAAUGGCGCGCCGUUCAACUGGGAGGGCGCUCAGGCCAGCCAGGCGCUGCUGCUCUUCAUGGGCCUCACCUACCUGGGCUCUCCGUUCGGGGGCUGGCUCGCCGACGCACGCCUGGGCCGGGCGCGCGCCAUCCUGCUCAGCCUGGCGCUCUACCUGCUGGGCAUGCUGGCCUUCCCGCUGCUAGCCGCGCCCCGCUCGCGCUCUUUUCUCUGCGGGGACCCGCGUCCGGAGCUCGUGCGCAACUGCUCGGCUCCCUUCCCCAAUGGAACGGCCGUGUGUCCCGAUGCCGCCGCGCGCCGCUGCGCUCCCGCCACUUUCGCGGGGCUGGUGCUCGUGGGACUCGGUGUGGCCACGGUCAAGGCCAACAUCACGCCCUUUGGCGCGGACCAGGUCAAAGAUCGAGGUCCAGAAGCUACUCGGAGAUUUUUCAAUUGGUUUUACUGGAGCAUUAAUUUGGGAGCAAUCCUGUCGUUAGGAGGCAUUGCCUAUAUUCAGCAGAAUGUGAGCUUUCUCACGGGCUACCUGAUUCCCACAGUCUGUGUGGCCAUUGCUUUCCUGGUAUUCCUCUGUGGACAGAGUGUCUUCAUCACCAAGCCUCCUGAUGGCAGCGCCUUCACUGACAUGUUUAGGAUUCUGACCUACAGCUGCUGCUCCCAGAGAGGUGGACAGCAGAGAAGCGGUGAAGGCCUUGGAGUCUUUCAGCAAUCUUCUAAACACAGUCUGUUUGAUUCAUGUAAGAUGUCGCGUGGAGGGCCGUUCACAGAGGACAAAGUGGAAGAUGUGAAAGCUCUGGUCAAGAUCGUGCCCGUGUUCUUGGCUCUGAUUCCUUACUGGACAGUGUACUUCCAAAUGCAGACCACAUACGUUUUGCAGAGUCUUCAUUUGAAGAUUCCAGAAAUCUCAAGUAUCACCACCACCCAUCACACGCUGCCUGCAGCCUGGCUCACCAUGUUCGAUGCGGUGCUCAUUCUCCUGCUCAUCCCACUGAAGGACAAGCUAGUGGACCCGGUGCUCAGGAGACACGGCCUGCUUCCAUCCUCCUUGAAGAGGAUUGCCGUGGGAAUGUUCUUCGUUAUGUGCUCUGCCUUUGCUGCAGGAAUACUGGAGAGUAAAAGACUGGACCUGGUGAAGGAGAAGACUAUCAACCAGACCAUUGGUGGUGUGGUAUACCAUGCCGCUGACCUACCCAUCUGGUGGCAGAUCCCACAGUAUGUGCUCAUUGGCAUCAGUGAGAUAUUUGCAAGUAUAGCAGGUCUGGAGUUUGCAUACUCAGCUGCCCCCAAGUCCAUGCAGAGCGCCAUCAUGGGACUCUUCUUCUUCUUCUCUGGCAUCGGGUCCUUUGUGGGCUCAGGACUGUUGGCCCUGGUGUCUCUCAAGUCCAUUGGGUGGAUGAGCAGCCAUACAGACUUUGGGAAUAUCAACAGCUGUCAUCUGCAUUACUACUUCUUCCUGUUGGCUGCCAUCCAGGGAGCUACAUUGCUGCUCUUCCUCAUCGUGUCUGUGAAGUACGACCGCCAGCGAGCCAGGGCGGAUGGGGGGCCAGCCAACACGAGGACCUGAUGCAGCAAGCCAGCAUGCUUACAGGUUCUGCAGACUGUAAGGCCUCAGGGCCUGCUAGCCACCAGGGCACUACCAGCAGGCAGGUUGAGGCCAGAGUGUUGGUGUCCCAACUUCUGAACUUGCAUGUUGUUUGGACUGGCUUCUCCCUCCUUGUGCCCAAUGAGCGUGGUGAGUGCCUUACUGUGGUCUGUCUCAUGUAUACUGGGCCUGUCGGGAGAUGAGAACGUGGCUUUUCUCAUUGAAGGUCUCUGCAAGUCCUGAGCCAGCCAUGCUUCCUCCUUUAGAGUUUUGGGCAGCCAGUAUUCUGCUGUUGGCAUCCUGUUCCUUACCAACACUGUUACUUCUUCCUCAUAGCAUCUCCUUUCUUUAAGAUUAGCAAGCACUGCCAUCAAGGGGUACGAUGAUUCUCUUUAGACAUGAAACUGUGAUUGAAGGCAUGAGGGCUAUAGGAGCUGCAUCUGUUCCAUUCAUUCAUGGUCUUUUGUCACAGGUCUUGCUGAUGCCAAGGCCUUUGUGGGUCAUAAGUUUAGACUCAUCUGCUCAGAAAGUAGGUUUUGUUGGCUGAGGUAGCAAAGAUCUUCUUAGACUAGGCUGGCCUCACACUUCGGGCUACCUUCUGUCUGCCUACCCAGUGCUGAGAUUCAGAUGUCUGUCACCAUAGUCAGCAGCACUUAGCUCUUGAACUACUGAUCUGCUUUUUUAAGCACAUGCAUCAGUGAUAAUUGAGGACACCAUGUUCUUGCCGAAACCAGACAGCAGCUGGCAGGACAUUGGAAACUAUACCAGGCAGAUCUUUUCCUAGAACUUUGUGUAGCAGUGAGGCUGGAGGCGGGUGGUGAGUGGGAAAAUACGGGAGCUGUUGGGCUAUUCGCCCACCUUUGUAUUGUUACUGACAUAUCCAGGGUUCUGAGUUUGUCAACUAAGCUGUUUGUGUGUUGCUGUGUUUUGUAUAAUUUUAUAAAAGCUUCUCAGACAUGGCACUAAGAGCUUCCUGGGUGAUUUCUCCAUGUUCUGCAUUAGUUCAGCAUACCCCUUACAGGUUCAUUUCAUGGCAGAAGCUGCUGCCAGCUCAGCCUUUCAUUCCUCUGGCCAAGCACUAGAGCCACAGUAUUCAAGUACACUUCUGAAAGAAACCCCACAGACAGAAACCCUUCGGUCUUUGCCUCCCUCACACACCAGGUAGAAAGGCUUCAGGAUGAAAACCAUCCACCAUACCCCUUUUGGCUUAGAAGGGAGGUAGUUCCUCAGAGCUUAGCUUGUCUUAAGAGAAGCUAGGUGCUGAAGUCAUUAACCUCCUUCUGUCACAAUGUAGGCUUUCUUGGUCUGGUGAGAGUGCCCAGCAGGUAAAGAAAGGUACUUGUCACCAAGCUUGAGAUUUGCAAACACAACAGAAGGAAAGAACCAAUUUUCCUGAGUUAUUCCCUAACCUAUACACAGAUGGAAUAUAUGCAAACCCCGACCCCAGGUAAAACUUGUAACUUUUUCAGAGUUGGUUUUCUUCAUUGGAUCUUAUUUCCACAAAAGAAGGUCACAGAGAAGGAACUCUGCCUCCACUGUGUGUAUUCUAGACACACAGGGUGUGAGUGGGUCAUAGGUAGCUAUGGCCUCCCCAGCUCCGUGACCACCCAAGGAGCACUCUCAGUCAGACGAGAGUGGCAGCUGGGCAAGGGACCUGGGUGUGAUAGAAAGGGCCUGUGUGAUCUGUUUCGGAGCUCCCGGGGUGUGGUUUUAACCUCUGAGUUUGCUGAGUGGUAAGAGCAUUCAUCAUUCAAAUGAGACCCAGUGGUGCUGGCUUCAGUACUAGCCACACUCUGUGAGUGGCACCUCCAGCUGGAGAUAGGCAGCAGCCAGUGAUGGGAGUUGCCAUAGCACCCACAGGUUGCUGGCUGGGGGUGGGUGCCUGGAACUGAGCAGACUGAGUGGCUUUCUCUCACCAUGCUGCCCAGGUUUGAAAAUGAUCUGGCUUGUUAGUCAAACCUGGGAAGGAGCAUGAUGGAUACCUGAUUCACCUCCAGUCCUGGUUGUCUGCAGAAGAUGUACUGGGACCUUGUGGGACCUGGCUGUGGAAGAGCAAGUGGUAGUCCUAAGCCUUGACCUUCAUCAGCAGUCAGUUUGAGCUGCAGUUCUAAACAAGCAGUUGAAUAAACACAAACUGAGCUGUACUGUUUGGGUUUCUAAAGCUGUGUCUGCCCUGAGUGCUGUGUUACCUCAGCUAGUGUCUGUGAAUACAUACCAACUUUUCAUGAGAUGUGGCUGGGGAACUCUGUGUACCCAGAGCCUGAGGCAGAAGCAGAGAGAGUUUUAUAAAACCAGCUUCUUCCAAGGUGCUUGGUUCCUCAGGGCUGCAGUUGGUGAUACUUGAGGAGACCAUGGCCAUGUCUACUUUGUUUUUGCUACAAGGUUCCACACAUCAGGACACUAGACCAUGUCACAGCUUAAUGUCCACAGGUUGCUGUUGCCUCUUGGGAAGGGGGUGUGUGUGCAGAAAAACACUGCCAGCUGCAGGAUUUGAAGACCCUUUCAAAAUGUCAUUUCUCAAUCUGAGGCAACAAAGUAUCCCAGUCUCACACUGUAGCUUGCUUCACUCAGUGCCAAGUACACCCUUCAUGCAACUCUUGGGAUGUAUCUGUGCUGUUGACUCUCCAAGCAUCUUAUGUGGAUUCUCAGAAGAACAGAUCACUUCCGUGGCUAUUUUAAAGUAUUAAGAUCUAACAGCUUGUUCUUUGGGAAUGAGGUCUUUUAAAGGGAAUGUUAGACAUAGGUGGUAGGCUGAAUAAAACAUCAGAUACACAAAAGGAUGAAGGAGACAAGUGAUACCAAGCUGGGUCUGUAGUAUACCAAGGGUGUGCUCAUCUCCAAGUUACUGCACUGUUGUGAUACCAGAGGGAGGCGUUCUGACCCUGGACCGUGUCUGUCUGCUUUACUGAGUCUCUCCAAGCCAAAGGUGAAAGACAGCUCUGAUCUAAGGUAGGUAGCCUGAUUAGUAGGCCCUGUGGUGAUAGUCCAUGCCACAAGCACCAAGGGCUAAGGUCCAUGAGAUCGACAUCUGCCUUUUUGUGCCUGUUUGGCACAUGAAUACUGAAGGGGGCAGGACAGAUCCUGGGCCUCAGGACUGUGAUGGAAAGGGUUUAGCUACCAUUUCCCUAGCUCUGCCCUCACUUAUCGUUGAGACAUUUUAUAUAUUAAUCCCCCCAGCCGUUUAUCUUUAUUUUCCCCUCUAGAACUCAGACCUAAUUUCUCAUUUUCACAAGGCUUAAAGAGAUGUCUUCUACCUGAUCAUAAUGAUGUGUAAGUGUGCAUUCAGUUUCCUGUUUAUCUUCAUCUUGGACAGAUGAGCCUAGGUGCCUGUCCUUCAGCGAUUCAUUAGUACCCUGUACUAUGUGGGGUCCUGGGAAGAGGUUACAGCAGCUAGAGAAGAGCCAGAAAGGGUCUAUAGUAGUUUGUAUGAGAAUGGUCUCUGUAGGGUCCACAGCAAGAGCAACAAGUGCUUUUAGCUUCUGAGCCCCCUAUACUUCUUUUUUAAAAACAGGGAAUUGGAGCUGUUGAAAUGGCUCACACAUCUGAUGCCAUUUGACCACAAAGUAGGAAUUCAACUUUUUGCCUUCCAUCCCAAGUUUGAAAGGGGAGAUGAUCUUGUGGGUUCUCAGCAACAGCACAGUGGCUCACAAUCAUCUGUAACUUCUAGAUGAUCUGACUCCCUCUUCUGGUCUCCAUGGGUACUGCAUGCAUGUGAUGCACAGACAUGCAGGUAAAAUACCCCUACACAAAAUUUAAAAGAUGGGUCUUGGCAUCAGGGACAUCCGCACACAAGCGAGUUAUGGGGCAAAGUGUGCUCUUCUAACAGUAAUGCUGGACAGGGGCAGGGCAGCAGACAGCUAUCUAUUUAUAAGCAAGGAAAUUAUGUGUGUGCUUGAACUUUGAAGAUCAGCGCAUUAUACGUUUAAAAAAACGCAGCCAAGCUGGGCACAGUGGCACACACCUGUAAUCCCAGUACUCGGGGAGCCAGAGGCAGUGGAUCUCUGUGAGUUCCAGGACAGCCAAGUCUACAAAACCCUGUGUUGAAAAACAAAACAAACAAAAAAUGCAGCCUUCUCAAGACCUUGGGGAAUUGGGUCAAGGUGGCUUCCAGGGGCCUGAGAAGGAGCUGGGUUGGAUUGUGACCCCUCCCACAUUCAUCUCAGCUCCCAUCACUUGCUGCUUUGGGUGGGAGACAGAUGUCAGUGGUUGACAGAGUAUGGAGUAGCUGCCUCCCACUGGACACUGGGCAUAGAGCAUAACUGGCUGACAUUGAAAAGCCCAGCAGCCACAGGAAGACCCUUUGCCCAACUCCCUCGAGAGCCUGCGUAAUGGAAAGCUUUGUGUCAGUGUAGAGCAAUGCCAUAAAUUUCUCUGUCUUGGGCAGACUCACAUUAUGAUGAUUUAUAUCACUCCAAUCAAGCAAACCCAUGACAUCCUACACCCAUUAAGGACUGCUCUUACCCUGUGAGAAGUUCAUCCAGAAGACCCCAUUUAGUGUGGUCUCAUCUUCUCUGUUCCCAUCCCUUGUGCCUGUCUAUGAUCUGACCAGAGGCUGAGAUCAGCAAGCCAGCCCAGUGACCUCAGGACAGGAGGGAUGAAGAACCGUGAGCACAGAUACUAAAUACAUUCUCUUGCCCCAAAUGUUAGCAGUCUGCACCAGUGGCUGCCAGGAGCUUUCCAAAUAAGCUGAGACCCCCUGGGUGGUUUUGACCAGACUGGUGUGAUCUGGCCGAGAUUAGACUUACCCUAUUGGCAGAAAGGGAAAUCUAAAGUGUAAGGGUAGACUGAGUGUGAAGCAAUGCACUUGGGUUGGUUGUGCCAUGUCUGAUGGGGAGCGUGCACCCCUAGAGGGGUUCCUGGAUGUACUUCCCACUACAUCCCUAGAAGAAGCACCAUACAGCCUGCUCAUCAAACUGGACAGAGCUCAGGAAAUGAACUCAGUGGGAACCCCCCACGCCAGGGGAAGGGUCAGGGACACAGUUGCUGAGCAGCCUAGUCUGAAGAGCUGGAAAUUUCUUUUCCAAGUAAAACACUUGGUUUGGCUGUCCAAAGUAAGACACUUAAAAGGAAGAGCUUUGAAAAUAAAUCAGAACCGUACAGAUGCAACUGCCAAUUACAAAUGAUAGAAUUUACUAAUGAUCUCAGAAAAAAAAAUUUUUUUUUCUCUUUGUGCCAUGAUGGGCGUGGGGUUGUCUCCCUCUGUAGCCCAAGCUGGCCUGUACAUCAGUAUGUAGCCUAGGCUGGCCUGUAACUUGCAGCAAUUCUCCUGCUUCUACUGCCAAGAACUCACCAAACUCAGCCUUUUUUUUUUUUUUUUGAGUCAGAGUAUUUAUUACUCUGUAGUCCAGACUGGCCAAGAGACUGCUAGGUAGCCUAGGAUGACCUCUCAUGGCAGUCACACUCCUUCAGUCUUCCCAAGUUCCAGAUUAUAGGCAAGUCAUAAUCCCACCACCCAUACCUGGUAUUUAAGAAAAAAAUAUAUUUUAUUUAUUUAUGAUUUUUAUUUAUUUUUUUGAGACAGUCUAUGUAUAUGGUUUUCUUAGAAGUCGUUUUUAGACCAGACUGUCCUCAAACUAAAAGAUCCAUCUGCCUCUACCUCCAGAUGAAAGAGUUGGGACUGAGGUUGCAGUUGUAAGCUGACAUGUGAGUGUUGGGAGUUGAAUACAGGUCUUCUGGAAGGGUCCUUCAGUGCUAAACCAUGUUUCCAGGCCCAUAUGUGGUAUUUUUAAGGAGUAACAAGUCUACUUUACAACCUUGGUGGACCUGUAAGACCUAUUCAGGAGACAUUUUCAAAAAUAAACAUUUGACUCACGAGUCUCAUCUGUACACAUUAUACUGAUGCUAUCAUUGCCAUCAGGAUGUCUUUAUAUUGAUGUUAUAUUUAUGUAAAUACAAGUUUUUACAGGUCCAAAGCAGGCUAAUUGCCCUUGGCAUAUAUGUGUCCUCCCAUUAGUUCCACAGUUGUUUGUCUGUAAUAAUGUGCCACUGAUGUUUGUAUAAAGGAACAGUUUGGCCAUAUGCCUUCCAUCCCAGCAGUCAGGAGCCAGAGGCAGGUAGACCUCUGAGUUCCCUGUCAGCCUGGUCUAUGGAGUGAGGUCUAGGACAGCCAGGACUACACAAAGAAACCUUAUCUAAAAACAAAAAACAAACAAAACAAAAACCCAUGGGGGAGGGAAUAGUUUGAAUCACUGGACAGAUGGCUCAGAGAUGAAAAGUGUAUUCAGCUCCUGCAGAGGACCUGAGUUGUUCCUAGUACCCACAUUCAGCGCUCACAACUACCUGUCAUGGGCACUAGCACAGGCUUGUGUACGCACACUUUGUUUUUACACAUAAAUUCUUUUUACUUUUCUUCACAGUUCACUCUUAUGUAGCAAAGCCUGUCAAGCCAUCACCUCUCUGUGUGAGCAAAUUGAGCUCCAGUAAAAUUGCAAGCCAUCUUAGCUUAGCCCAUUGUGACUCAGAAUAUGUAUUUAUCUAGUUAAAUAUGGGAACUCUGCCUGAAGACUCUUGUUGUAAAAUUCAAAGCAGGAUGCUGUGAUGUCACCCCCUCACCCCCAUUACUUUGCUGGAGAGUCAUCGAUAUCCCCAUCCCAAUCUGUGCGUCUGUGGAGAAGUUUCUGUACUGCGUACCACCGCUUUUCACUCUACCUCCCUCUAACACAAAGAGGCAGACACACUUUAACUAUUAUAGCUUGCUAAAAGCUCCUGAAAUUUAAGGUUCCUGAAGAUCCAUUGUCUGGAUAACAACCUGAUUAAAAUUCAAAUCUGACUGAGCAAAAACAGUAAGAUCUUCCAUUUUCAAAACCCCAUUCAGUCCCAUGUAGGGCACUUACAAUAGCUCUUCAAAGACUCAGACAAUUCUGAAAUCUAGUUGAAUACGCAAAAGGAGCAAAGUGCUUUGGUGAAGUUUUGACAUAAAGCUAAAAAUCUGUGAUGAAAGUACAGGUGCUCUCCAUGUAUGGGAACACCUAAAGGUUCUGGGUUAGGAUGCUAUUUAUCCGUUACCCUGUAAUGGUUAACAGGUAGUUCAACCCCUUACAACCACACACACACACACAACCCCUUCUGUGGGCUGGAGACACACACUGAAAACUUGGAAGAUGACUGGCCAUUGUGCCUGGUUUCCCUGUAGAGAGGCUCCCUCAGCUUGGGAGAAGUGUGACUGAAGAGCCUCGAGCUCUCUUGCCUGUGACAGUGCCUUAGAGCUGGGGUUUGGAAAGAUGCAGAGGAAGAAAAAGGAAAAUGGGUGUUAGUGACAGCCAGAGCCUUUCUCUGUGUUACCCAUGUUAGUUAAAAAUUGUAUUGGAGCUGGAGAGAUGGCUCAGAGGUUAAGAACACUGGCUGCUCUUUUAGAGUCGAGGUUCAAUUCUCAGCAUCUCACAACUAUCUGUAAGCUCAGAUCUAGGGGAUCUGAUGCCCCCUCCUGGCUUGUAUAGAUAACCUGCCCCUGUGGCAUUUACUCACACAUACAUAUACAUUAAAAAAUAAAUCUUAAAAAAAAAAUUGUGUUGGGGCUGGAGAGGUGGCUCAUCUGUUAAGAGCACUGGCUCCUCUUCCAAAGGACCUAGUUUCAAUUCCCAGCAUUCACAUGACAGCCCACAAGUGUCUGUAAAUCCAGUUCCAGUCUCACAGAUGUACAUAAAAUAAAAAUAAAUCAUUUAGAAAGUUCAAAAACUUGAGUUCAUUAAUAUCUUAAGUGUUGUUUUUCUAAAAAACAGAACCUGCAUUCACAAUAGUGCCAAUGUUUUCAUGUUCAACCGAACAACAUUUCAAAAUCAUGUUUUAGUAUCAUGAAUUGAGUAAAUUCUAACCUAGAUUAUAAUACCUGAUGCUGUAUUUAAAGCACAAGUAUAAAAGUUGUGUCAUGGAUCUGUCUGGGAAGUCAGUGUGCUAAUAGAGGCAGAACUUCUUACUUCCCUCAGGACAGUAAGGAAUUAGCUGGCUGUGGUGAUCACACCUGUGGUCUCAACACUCAGGAGGAUUGCAGUAAGUUCAAGGCUAGUUUGGAUUUCACAGUGAGUUCUAGACCAACCUGUUCUGUAGAGUGAGAUCCUGUCAUAACACUAUAAAUAGGAGUUGGAGAGGUGGCUCAGCAGUUAAGAACUGGCUGCUCUUCCAGAGGAUCUGAGUUCAAUUCCCAGUAUCCACAGGACAGCUCACAACUUCUAACUCCAGCUACUGGGGAUCUGAUGCCCACUUCUGGCCUCUGAGUACUGCGUGCAUACACAUAAUAUACAGUAAAAUCGUAGAAAAAGGUGAGUGCUCUAGAGACCCUACGAUACCCACAAUCAAUCCUUGUUAGCCCCAUAGUACCAUUAAAAGAAAAAAAAUCACAAACUAUCCCAGUUGGCAAUUGACUCACAUUUUGUGUAGGUUUUUCUUUGAUACAGGCUUGUAUCAAGCCAAGGCUUGCCUCAAACUCUGAGACUGAGGAUGACCUUGAACUUCUGAUCUCAUUGACUUCAUUCAUGACCUGAGUGUUAGGAUCACAAACAUGUAUCACUACAUCCCACUUAGACAGUGCUGGGGAUAGAACCCCUUGUACAUCCCAGGAAACUUCUCUACCAACUGAGCUCUAGCCCCAGUCCCAGAUCCUAACUUUUUUUUAAUUUUUAUUUUUUAAUAUUAGUUACAGUUUGUUAACUUUGUAUCCCUGCUGUAUGCUGUAUCCCACUCCCUCUUUCCCUCCCAAUCCCACCCUCAUCUCCUCCCUGCCCCUUUCCAAGUCGACUGAUAAGGGAGAACCUCCUCCCCUUACAUCUGAUACUGGUAUAUCAGGUAUCUUCAGGACUGGCUGCAAAGUCCUCCUCUGUGGCCUAGCAAGGCUGCUCCUCCCUGGGGGGGAGGGGGGAGGUCAAAGCCCAGCUCCUAACUUAACUAGCUUUUGCACUAUGUUUCUUUCAAGACCCAUAUAAACCCCACAUUUAGACCAAGUGACAUAUCUAACUGCUUUUAUCUCCAGGUCUUUUCUGUGGCUGUUACAGUCACUCAGACAUGGCAUUCACUGACUGACACUGGGUGAAUCCUCAAUUUUUCAGGAUUUCCAAGAUUCUUCUCAUGGCCUACUUUCUGUCACUCACCAUUCCCCACCCCCAACAGUGUGUUUUCUCUUGGCAUCUUUAAAGAGUUUCACUCACCAUUCCCCAUCCCCAACAGUGUGUUUUCUCUUGGCGUCUUUAAAGAGUUGUCAGAGUGACCACCCAGUGCCUUGGUCUGAAUCUGGACAGCCCCUCAGUAGUGUGUAUGGAUGUCAGCCUCUUCUUGGGUGGUGCAAUCUAGAUUCAGGUGCAAUCUAGGUGAGGAAGCUAGGUCAUUGGAGCAUGCCCUUGAAGGGACACUGGAAUUUUGAGUCCUCUGCUUCUCAGAAAUGAUCUGAGCAAUUUCUCCAAAGUGACCUAAAAGAAACCUCCAGACUUCAAGUGCUUUGUCACAGUGCCAGCAAGUCAACCAACACCUGGGUUGCUCACAUCCUGCCCCACGUCUAGCCGGAAAGCUAGCAUAUCCUUCACUCAGUGGCUUCUGCAGAGGCCCGGAGCUUGAUCAGGGUGGAUCUUUGUGAAUAACUGGUUCUCGUCCAGUCCUGUGCUGUCUGGCUUGAGCUGGGACCUUGCAACCCCCAAGCUUGAAGGUCCUGCUAAGUUUCCCACCCAAUCAAGCCAAGAUGCAUAGUCCUGGGCUAUUUUUGUUUUUUGUUACAGCAGACACUGGAUAUCCUUCAGAGGUUUCUUUGUUUUUAAAUCACUUCAGCUGAAGAGAGCCCCAAAGGAGAGCAAAUGUGUUUUUGGCAAGUACAGAGAUUAAAGACAGAAAGAGAUGGACAUUGGGGGAUGGGUUCCUUUGUCAUGGGCACUUCUCAGGGGACUCAAGUCUGGGAGAGGGAGGCUAGAUGAAUUUUGAAUCUACACAAAGGGUCUGCACAGGGAGGCAGUGUGGCUCUCAGGCCCUGCUUGUUCAAGUGGCUUUGCAUGAAUAAGACAAGAUGGAUUCAUUAUAGGAAAAGGUUUCUUUUAGGGGAAUUAGGAAACAGACCCAAUGCUGUGGAAGAGAGUGGCUGAUGGGACACAGGCUUCACCUGCAUCUGAUAAGUUUGCACUGAUGGUGUGCUUGCUCCCAAAACUUAGUGUUGACAUCGUCUUGCUGCUUUUGCCCAAUGACUGUGGGUGGGCAUCAUUAACCCAGUAAACAACAGAAGAUGGUGGGUAUAGACUCAUUUGCUUAUUAUCUGUCGUGUGGAUGUGAAGUGGCCCCCACAGACUCAUAAGCCUAAACACUUGGUCUGCAGCUAAUGGCACUGUUGAAGGAGACUUCAGAGCCUCUGGGAUGUCAGAGCUUGAGGGUGAUAGGCCCUGCAUUGAUCCUACUGUCCUCUCCUGGUCUAGCCAUGUGUCAGGAAGCUGCCACACACCUACUUCCUGCCAUAAAGUCGCCCACCUCCAGACCCUCUGAUAGUUAGAACUAAUAGGAUCUAGAGUCAUCUGGGAGCUGAGCCUUAAGGACUAUGGUGGAUUAUUAAGCUUCUAGCAUGUCUUUGGGAGGAUUCUCUUGAUUAGGUUGAGAUGGGAAAACCCAUCCGCUGUGGGUGGCCUCAGUCCCUGGGCUACGAUACUGGAAAUGAGAAAGAGGGAGGAAGGAUGGCCCAGCAGUUAAGAGCACUUGCUUCUCUUGCAGAUGACCUGGGUUUGUUUUCCAGCACUCAACAUGGCAGCUUACAACCACUUGUAACUCCACUUCCAAGAGAUCUGAUACCCUCUUACUGGUCUCCAUGGGUUCCAGGGACCCACAUGGUACACAUACAUGCGGGCAAACACUCAGACACAUAAAAAUCCUGUACACCAACCUGAUAUGAUAUGACCAGCUGCUUUGAGCUCCUGCAACUUAACUUCCUUUACAGACAGCAGUCUGGAGCCAUGAACCACGCCAAACCCCUUUGCUUUGUUACCACAGCACCAGGAAGAGAUACCAAGACACCUUUCCCACUAUAACAUACUGUUUCCUAAAGUUGUAAGCCAAAACUUAGACCCUCAUAUCCUAAGUUGUGUCAGGUCACAGCAGUGAGGACAGGUAACGAAAACCCAUGGCCUCCCUUAUUUCUAUACUUAUCUGCUCAGAUUUUCACAAGAGCCAGUUGCCAUGAAAUUUUCAAGAAGGAUAAAGUCCCAAGCCCUGGAAGUUUAGUUAGAGGCAAGGGAGAUGGACCUUCAGCAAACAGUGGGUCAGACCAAAGCACGUGGUACAGUAUCGUUAGCAGUUGGUGCCCCUUGGGAAAUCAGAGGCGAGGUGGUAAAGGGGGACUUCAGGAGACACGGGCUGUGUCUGGGCAUUGGCUUCCUCAGUUUUCCUUUCUGAAGGAAGAGUUCACCCAGCAGAGAGAAUUUCUAACAUGUUAGGUCUAUUUGAAGGACAAAGUGAAUGGACUAUGGUUAGGAAGCAGAUAGCAGCAUUGGAGAGCUGAGCAGGUGACACGUGGGGGCCAUGCGACCACCAAGUCACCAAGAAAUUCUUUCUAUAGCCUGUCCCAGCUCCAAAUACCUGACUACAUGAAAAAGCAAAUCCACAGUGAGAUCCUGUCUUAACCCAGCUGGAAGGGCUAAGGACUAUCCAGAAAAUAAUUGCUCGUGAUGGAUGUGGGAACAAGGACCCUUACACAUGGCUGGGGUAUCUGCUGGGGGAGUCAGCCUUGACAGCCUCACAAAGAAUUAAAAGCAGAUUUGGAGUUUGCUGAUUGGAUAGCCUCAAGUGCUCAAGGCAGGACACUGCAUUGAAGUGAACCUAGUAAGCAGCCCUAAAGUCUCCAACUUCUGGAGCUCUGAGUCCACUGCAGAGACGCCACACUGCCCUUCAUAGCCAUGGGCCUACCUGACAGCAGUAUUUCCAAAUGAAAGGGCAAAGCCAGGCAGAGGGGUUCCUUCCCAAGCAAUACCGAGGACACUGUAUUUACCUCACCCCUGAACGUGUAUCUCUGCAGUUCAGUGGGGGGAACACCUACUGAAUAGCAGUCAGCAUAGCCUGAGGCAGGGUGCUGUGCUGGAGACGCUUCCCUUACUGAUCUGCAUGCUGAUUACAGAGAACUAGACACCCCCCAGAUAGGGUUGUGGACUGGACCCACACACUCCACCCUGGUAUCUAAUUCCACCAAUCACGGUAUCAACAGCCCUGCAAAGCAACCUCCCCAGGCCUCUGUGGCUGAUGAAUCACCCACCCGUUUGCCUACCGGAACUUCUGAGAACUGUUUUCUGAGGUCCUCCCUCCACGAUUAUGUCCUCAGUACUACAUGGUCCUUAAUUACUUUCCCAUCGAUCUCUUUCCCUGGGAGCCAGUUGCAGCUAGGGUGAAACUCAAGGCUGAUGGAAAAUUCGAUGUUUCACACACUCCCCAUCUCCACUAAGGACUCAAAUAGAUAAGAAAGUGCUGCCUUCGGGGUACUUAAGCUAAGUAAUGGAGAAGUCUGGAAGUCUGAUCAAAGUCCAGAAGUGCUGAUCACAGCCAAACAUUUUGAGGUAUUAGUCAGGAAAUGCAACUGGAGUCUUCAAGUUGGAAAGAAAGUUAAGGAGGCUGUAAAAAGUCUCAGCAUGGGCCUGGCAUUGUAGUGCACACCUGAGGUAGAGGCAGGUGGAUCUUGGUGAGUUCCAGGCUAGCCUGGUCUACACAUCGAGCUCCAGGUAAGACCCUGGCUCACAAUCCAAGUCUCACCAUGAGUUAAUUGUCCAUGGAUUCCGGCUUCAUGGUGGGUUUAUCCUUCAGAAAUGAGAUUAGCUGCUCUAUACACCCGCACUUCCCAAGUCCCAAGAAAAGUAGGACAAAAUCACCCUGAAAGGCCUGCGCUGGGCCCUCCUCUUCUCUAGAUGGUGUGUGAGGACUGGAACUGGAGUGGCCCCGAGCGAUGCAUGUGUUGAAAGCUUGGCGCCCAGCAGGUGGCGCUGUUGAAAGGCAAUUGUUCCAGGAAGGUGCCUUCCUCAUCAGGUUAGCCCAAUGAGCUCAGAGCUGAAUGGCCUGCAAGGAGGAAGUAUGCCCAUGGGGGUGGUGUCUUUGAGAGACAUAGCUUAUCCUUGCACCCUGCUUCUCUGUUUUUGCCUUUUGUCUACCAGGCUGUCACAGGCACCUGCUGCUGUGAUGUUCCAGGCCCACAGCAGUGCAUCCACUGAACUCAGAAUAAAUACCUCUGAAACCAGGAGUCAAAAUACACCUCUUCUCCCUUGUUUUCCUUGGUAGUGAAAGAGGACUCACAAAAUAACCUAAACCUCACGACUUCUGCAGAGGCAUGGGAAUCCCUGGAUGGCCAAGGGAUUCUUAUUUUUAAAAAAGGGUGAGGGGCAGCUGGGUACGGUGGCACACGUCUGUAAUCCCAGCAAUCGGGGACAGAGACAGGCUGAUCUCUGUAAGUUCCGGUUCAGCUUGGUCUACAAAGCAAGUCCAAGAUAGUCAAGGCUAUACAGAGAAACCCUGUCUCAAAAAAAACAAAACAGAGUUUAAAAGGAGGUACAUCCCUCUUUCACUGUUUGUGUGUGUGUGUGUGUGUCUGUGCACAAAUCUCAUGUUAUAGUCAUUCACUCACAAUCUCAUUCAGCUCCUAUCAAAAGUAUCCUCAAGCCUGUGGUAACUGAAUGACUCCGUGUGACCCAAGAAGAUUCUCUUGUCCUUGACUAAAGUCAUUAAACCUCUGCCCCACUAUUAACACCCUUUGUGUAACCUCAAACCAAACUGCUCCAUAAAAAAAAAAGAAAAAAAAAAAAAGAAAAUUACUUUAUUGCGUUCAGCCCUCAAGUUAUUCACUUCCAUUCCUCAAAAAAAUUUUAUAUGCUCUUAACGUAUGGAAAGCAGGCAUCAAUGGCCCAUUAUCCCUUAAAAUGAGAAAUCAUAUAUUUUCUUCCUCAUGAUAAAAGGGCUUGGCUCUGCAAGGAGAGAGGAAAUCAGAUAGCUGCUUUCCCUCAGCUGUUCCAGUGAAGGUCACUUCCCUUCAGGGAGGGGAAGCUUGGGGCGGGUGGGGCCUGGAGACAGGAGGGACUGUCAUUGUAAAGUUUAGGGGUUUGCCAAUGAAGCUGUCCUAACCUUGUUUAUAGUCUUUCUUUACCUGUGCUAACCCAAAACAGGCCUCACCAGGGAAAUAAAUAUCUCAGGAAACUAAAAAUCAUGAUUUAGGCACAGUGGAGGAGCAUUCUGAUGCAGGUAGGAGAAGGGUUUUUACAGGGUAUGCUGGAUAGCUUCUGUCACAUUGACACAGCUAGAGUCAUAUGAAAGGAGGAAGCCUCAACUGAAAAGAUGCCUAAGGUGAGAUCCAGCUGUAGGGCAUUUUCUUACUGAUGUGCCACCCCAGACUGGCGGUCCUGGGUUCUAUAAUGAGGUAGACUGAACAAGCCAGGGGAAGCAAGACAGGAAGUAACAUCCCUCCAUGGCCUCUGCAUCAGCUCCUGCUUCCAGGUUUCUGCCCUAUUACUCUGUUUGAUUUUUUUUUUUUUAAGAUUUAUUUGUAUAUAUACAAUGUUCUGUCUGCAUGUAUACUUGCAUGCCAGAAGAGGGCACCAGAUCUUGUUACAGAUGGUUGUGAUCCACCAUGUGGUUGUUGGGAAUUGAACUCAGGACCUCUGGAAGAGAAGCCAGUGCUCUUAACCUCUAAGCCAUCUCUCCAACCCCCAUUCGUUUGAGUUCUUGAUCUGACUUCCUUCAGUGAUGGACUAUGAUGUGGAAGAAUAAGCCAAAUAAACUAACUAAGUUGCUCUGGUCAUGUUGUUUCCACACAGCAGUAGUAACCCCAAUUAAGACACAUGGCGGGGGUGGGGUGCUACAAAGAGUGCCUUUAAUUGGCUGAGCAGAAAUCCUCAGGCACAAACCUGUUAUGAUUGGUUAGGCAAUUGGGGAGUUCCUAGCUGGGAAAUGGUGACUUCAGUGAUUUAUCUGAGUCCCUAGAAACCUCUGGGGCCUUGGCCUGCAGUGGGUCGGACCUUCCAGCUCCACCUGGAAAGUGGAGCCUGAAUUACUGCACAUCCUUCACACCUUCACACUUGCCCCAUCAACUUUAAUGUUUUCCUGCUGGUUCCUAGGUAGGGCCAUCUUCUUCUUCCCAAACCUGUAUCUUAUACAGGGUCUGAUUAAAUUUUAUACAAUGAAACAACACAGUAAGAGAAAGGACUUAAAAUAAUAUAUAAAACAGCAGAAAUAUACUCUCAAUUCUGGAGGCUAAGAAUCAGAAAACAGUAUUCAGUCAGCAUUCUUUGGCUUAUGGGCAUACCACUCAAAUCUCCGCUUCUGCUUUCUCAUGCAUUUUCCCAAGCCUCUCUAUCAGAAUUGCUCUGUUCUUAGAGGGGUGUCAGCUAACAGAUUAGGGUAGGACCAUAGUCAAGUGUGUGUCUGUGCAUGUCAUCAAAUCUGGAAGGACCCUGUCUCAAAUUUUCAUCCUAGGUUUUGAAGUGGAUAUGAGACCCAAAAGUCACAAUAUAGAUGGUGGUGGUGGUUUAGAUAAGCCAUACACCAUGGAAGAGACAAAAGGUCUCUAUGUACAAUUCCUAUGAGGUAAGGAUCUUUCAGGCAUACUCCCAAGCAGGAUUUCUUUUCCUUUUCUUUUUCCUUUUUCUUUUUUGGUAUUGCCUAAAAUGGUACCUCAUACCUAUUCUGACUCAGUCAUUGACUUUGGGAAGGGCACAUCCAGGUUCGGUAGAAUUGGUAAGUGUACACUGCUGGGUGGCUUGUUUGCAAAAAUUACUUCAGCCCCCUCCCUCCUGUAUCCCUGUUCCCUGUCAAGAUGACCUUGAUGCCCCUCUAUAGGAGGUAGGCCCUCUCUUCAGAGUGUACUCCUUCCAAGCAUGGACGCCAUGCUAUGGGUAACGUGGUGGUGGUUGAAAAGAAUGAUGAUGGGGUCAUCUAUGCUACAGUAAGGAUGAAAAUGCUUCUGAGCCAAAGAAGAUAUCACAAGUCCCUGCGCUGUUUGAUUACAUUUUAAUUGAAAUAUGUGGACUAGGUCAGUCCGUUGAGACAAUAUAGAGGGGACUGCGGAGGAAGUACUGGGGAGUUGGCCGACAGAAAAGGGUUUCUAUUGGGGGUAGUGAGAAAGCGUUAGAGUUAGCUGUAAUGGGGCUGAGGGUGUGGCUCAGUGGGUAGGGUGUGUACCAGAGGCCCCCUGUUCAGUGCCCAGCAGGCAUAACUUGAGCCUGGUGGCCAUGCCUGUAUUCUUAGCACAGCCCUGGAAGUUGGAGUUGAAGUGUUAGCUCUAUAGCAAAUUCAGGGCUAGCCUGGAUUACAAAAGUCUGUCUCAAUACCAUCCACAUAUACACUUUAAGUGAACAAACCGGGUGCUAUAUGGAUUUUAUCUUGAUCAAGUGGUUAACAAUGAUAAACACUGGUGACUGGGUGUGGUAGCACACACCUUUAAUCCCAGCACCCUGUGUGUGGGGGGGGGGGGGGAGGAAGAAAUGUAAGAAUCAUAAACCCUAUUUUAUUCAGAGCUUGGUUUUGCUUUGUGACUUGCUUGGCCUAAAGAAGGGACAGAAGUGGCACUGCCAAUUCUAAGGCCUCUAGAACCUCCUAUUCCUGACAGUCCUUAGCAUCUAGCCUGGUGAGGGAAGGCAUGGACUGGUCGCCCUGCUUUUCUCAAAGGACAGCAGGCCACCACAAUACAUGAAGUCACUGUAGAGCGCUCCUCUGAGCCAUCUCUCCAAGUGCUCAGAGAGCACCUAGUCAAGUCACCCACCCCUUGAUCCGUGAUCGGUACUGCUUGCUAAGUCACAGGACCAGCUAAGGACUAACCUCAUCACAUGGAGGCCCCGCUCACAAGGUCAGAGAGCCACUCAAAGGCUCUCAGUGUGUUCACAGGUGGGUGUCCAUCACAGGCAAAGUUAGGACCUCCUCCUCAGCUACCAGCUCCCUAUUCCACUCCCCGCCCCUCCUCCCUGAGUCCACUCACCUGGCUUCUCUUUCUGGGGAUUUGUCUGUUAGGAGCAUUUCAUAGAAACGGAUUAAUUCAAUAUACUAUCACUUGAGUUUUGUGACCAUUUUCCUUUCUUUUGGCAUAACGUUUGCGGAAUUCUUCCACACCGUGCUGUAGCAUCAUAAUCUUUUAUGAAUGUUGUCAGUUACUUACUUCUUGAGUCUAUUUCAAGCUGCUUGUUUUACUCCUGGAGGCUUCCCUAUUGCCCAGAGCUGAGCUUUCUACAUAAAACCUUCCUGAGAUGCAUGCAUGAGUGAAUGAUCAUUUUGAGUGACUAAUUAAGGACCUGAAAGGACACUGUAACCAUCUAGAAUCACCUGGGACAAACCUCUGCACUUGUCCGAAAGGAGACAUCUAGACUGGGUUCAUUGGAGCGAAGACCUCCCCCAUCCCCCCACUGAAGGUGGGCAGCACCAUUCCAUGAACUGGGGUCCCAGACCGAAUAAAAAAGAGAAGAAUGAGCUGAGCACCGGCAUCCACCUGCCUCUGCUUCCCUGUGGAUGCCUGUGAACAGCGGCCUCACACUCAGGCCACCCGCCAUGCCUUCCCCACCAGGAUGGAGUGCAGUCUCAACACACCCUUCCUUCCAUAACCUGGCUUUUGUCGGGGCAAUGAGAAAAAUACAGGCAAAUUACAGGUAUAGGCACGGAGUCACAAGUUGACCUGAGCCAGGGUGUCUCAGAACCUCUCAGUCACAUGGCCAUGCAGGCCAAAGACCAGUCCAUAUCAGCUACCUCCCCAUGCUGCUGUGAGGCUUCCCUCAAAUGGAGUUGUGACUUGCUCCAGUCCUGUGCAGGGGGCUCCAGGGCUUAGCUGAGCAAUGCACGCUUGCCCUGUGCUUCCUCUCCACACACACCCCACCCCCACUCUGUCGUUGCAUAAAGACAUAAGCAUGUCCUCUUUGCUUCUAGCAAAACUGACAGCUCUGACAAGGGAAGACAAGAUUUCCUUACCUGGAACCUGCAUUGCCUCAGGUGACCACCUUCCCCCUGAGGAAGCCUGAGCAGCAGUGAAGGGAGAGAGGAGGCGGUGGUUCUCCCCACCCUGUCUUAGUCUUCUGGUCUGCGUUAAUCCUCAGCCUCUGAGUGGUAAUGAGUUCUAUGGUCGCUUAAACCAAUUUCACCAUAAGCAAUGUCUUUUGUUGAAAGCAAAACAGCAAACAAGACAAAAUGCCUUUCAUUUCUGAAGUUCGCCGGGGGAAAUGGUGGGCGCAGACUGUUUCCGCCGCAGCGUUCGGCUCCCGUGAGACUGAAAAAGUGAUUAUCAGCUUCGCUUUGUUGGGCGGGGGGAAGAGGGCCCGACACAGAUCACCUUGGCUGCAGAUUGUAAUCACGCCAGAAUUAGCCAGUGGGGCCGGCAGAAGGUUCCAGACUCCCCAAAAAAGCUCAGAAAACUUUUGGAAGUCAGAGCCUGCCUGCCAAGGAGUGUUUGCCCGGCAAAGGGGACGUGUGUUGGGGAGAGUAAUAAUUUUCAGACCCCGGGAGAUCCAUUUUAAGCUUGGACACAUCAUCCUGCUGCUGCUUGCUGACAGGAUUUGUAGCCAGCACGCCUAACACGCGCCUUCUGAGGAAGUCUCGGGGGCAAGGCAGGAAAGGACACGUGCAAGAUAUGUGGGCCAGGAGCUGAUAAUUCACCGUGAUAGUGUCAGCCUCAGCUGCAGGAGACCUUUCGAAGGAGGAGAGAGCGGGUUUGAAGGUGAGGGGGCCAGCCUCCUGGUUCAGGGUCUACGCCUGUGUCCUUCAGCCUGCCCCCACCGCAUCUUCUGGCUUGGAGGGUGGGGUGCAUGUGGACAUUGUCCAUAGGAAUGACCCCAAAAGGCUCCUCCUUAUUUAUAGGAACUUUUUUCUUUUUUGAGGCUUUCCUCAGAUUCACUAUGUAGCAAGGCUGACCUUGAACUCCUGACCCUCCUUGCUCUGUCUCCGAGGGCUGGGCUAAUACUUCCAUGUUUUGUUGGAACAUGAUACCUGCUGUGUGUAAAACUCAAUUUAGAGAUACAUGAGGGGGAAUUCAUCCUUACUACAGCAGAUCUAGUGUGACCAGGAGGGACUGUCUGGGGCCUUCCUGAUCUGUUUCUGUCAGUGGAUGGACUGACCGGUGUUUGUGUAGUACUUAUUACUGCUCAGUGAAAAUGGGACUAUAAUCUCCAUGGCAUUAUUAUUAUUAUAUUGCAUUAAAACUUUUAAAUCGUU